ACACCGUUACCGUUAGUAAGCAGAAGGUUGUGGGUUAACUCGUAUGGAAUGAAGCUAGACGUUUAUUUUAAAUACAUUUUUAGAUGAAAGUUUUCUUGGAACAUUGUGGAAAUGGUUGAGGAAGCUAUUUAUUCAAGUGGGAAGUCAAAGAUCAAAACUGAAAGACCCAGGCCCGUUUAUUUGUGGAGUGUGAAUGAUGUUCAAAAAUGGUUACGGCGUCAUUGCAGUGACUAUUACACAUUAUAUUUGGAUCUUUUCAUACAGCAUGAUAUUACUGGGCGAGCACUUGUUCGAAUGCAUGAGAAUACAUUACUAAGGCUUGGUAUCAUAAAUGCCCAACACCGUGAAGAUAUUUGGCGUGAAAUAAUGAAAUUAAGACUGAAAACUGACAUUUUAGAAAUACGUGAUUUAGAGAGGAAAAACAACUUAAACUAUGACUGAGUUGCUCAGCCAAAAUUGUAUAUUUGUGUGUCUGUGAUUAAAAAUAGAGUGAUGAGACUAGUAA